UGUGAAUGCGGUGAGAAUCCAUGAUGCGUAUAAAUGAGCAUGUGCCUAUAUAUAUCUAUAUUAACUAGAUAAAGCUUCGGGGAGGGACAUCUUUAAGUAAAUAGCCAAAUUCUUACGCCCUUUUCUUUCCUCUGAUUCUGGGUAGUUCGGCUAAGUAUUUUGCCAUCCAUCAUGGCCAAAUCUAAAGUAGCGGUAGCAGCACUACUACUGAGCCUCGCAUCCGAGAUCCUAGCCACCUUCGCGGGGAACAUCAACUAUCGCAGUCCCUCCACUCGCCACGAGGGUCUCGGUAUCGAUGUCCCGCGCGUGUCUAGACGGACGCUAAAGCGCAGCGCCGUUCCGUACACCGCGGAUGAACUCAGCUUCACGCACGGCGUGGCCUCGGGGGACCCGUACCCGGAGAGCGUGAUCCUCUGGACCCGGGUCGCGCCGUCGCUGACUUCGGACACGGGCAACGUCACCGUGGAGGGCCCCGUGCCGCUGUACAGUCACGAUACUGAGACGUAUAUCAAGGCGGACCCGAGCCCGAUCUGCGUGCAGUGGACUGUCUUCCAGGAGGGGAAUAGCGACGUGGUGGUGGUGAGCGGCGAGGCGUAUACGACGAGUGAUAUCGAUUAUACCAUCAAGGUCGAGGCCACGGGUUUACAGCCCUUCACGGCGUACAACUACCAGUUUGCUGUAUGCGGGUCGAACAACACCAGCCCCAUUGGGCGAACGAAGACGGCUCCGCCGGCAGACGCAGAUGUCCCAGAGUUGCGUUUUGCCGUUUUUUCAUGUAGCAAUUAUCCAAAUGGAUACUUCAAUGCUUAUGGGAACGCCGCACGUAAAGACGAGCAGGACUUCAUGAUUCACUUGGGGGAUUACAUCUAUGAAUCAGGCCCAAAGGGAGAGCGAGCCGCUGACCCGCCGAAGUACUUAUUCAGUCUGCAUGACUACAGAACUCGUCAUGGGCAGUAUCGAACCGAUCUCGAUCUUCAGCUUGCUUCCCAAAAAUUUGCCUGGAUUACAACAUGGGAUGAUCAUGAAGUUUCGAAUAAUGGAUAUCGAGAUGGGUCGAGUGCCUUGAACAAUACCGAGGAGUCCUUCUUGAACGAUGGGCGGGUUAGUGUGGAUCAGCGAAAGAUGAACGCCGUGAGGGCCUAUUUUGAAUGGAUGCCUAUUCGACAAGUAGAUCUCGACGACAACUUGAGAGUUUGGAGAUCGUUUCAAAUGGGUAAUCUCUUGGACUUAAUUGUCCUCGACACCCGUAAUUAUGACCGAAGCAUUACCUCGCUCGACUGGAACGACGAUUAUAUCGACUUAAUUCGUAACGAUGCUUCUCGAACGCUAAUGGGCUCACACCAGGAGAACUGGUUUUACAACCAACUGUCCCAAUCUUCUAAUCGAGGUGCUACUUGGCGUAUAAUCGGUAAUCAGAUAAUAUUUUCACAUAUCAUAGAAUCGUCCAAUGGACUCGGUGAUGAUGACUGGAGUGGGUACGUGGCAAAUAGAAAUCGGACACUGAAACACCUAUACGACAAUCAUAUCUCCAAUACUGUCUUCCUCGCUGGAGAUAGCCACCAGAACUGGGUAUCUGAUCUAGUCUGGCUAGAUGAAAAGCCCUACGACCCAGAAACGGGUGAAGGAGCCAUUGGGGUCGAGUUCGCCGGGACGGCUGUGAGCUCGACCGGCUUCAACGGCCUCAUCGAACCUGCGCGCAUCGAAGCAGAGAAUCGGGUUGGAAAUAACACCAUGCUCCAAUGGCAGGAUGGGUACUAUCGAGGCUAUUUUAUCCUUUCGGUGACCCCUGAGAAACUUGAGGCACAAUACUACGGCUCACCGACAGUGGCAUCCAGGAACUCAUGGGACCUGCCGCUAGCUAACUUCACGGUGGUAGCAGGCGAAAAUAAGCUGGCUCGCCCCGUUGCUGGGGGUUCUGUUGAGGCGGGAUUCUUGAGGGCAGGGAAGACGAACCCUACAAAUAUCACUCUUAACACUGACAGUUGGGAGUGGGAUGUUGUUGGAUUUGAUCAAAUGUAUAUCGAUACCAAGAAAUAG